GGUUUAGAAGAGAGCGCACUUCCGGUGCCCUUUCUCCCGCGAGUUCUUCUGCUCCGGGCCCUCGUGUGCUGGUUGUGAUCUCCAAACUGGAGUGGGGUAGUGACCGGCGGGCACCCCCUCCUGACCUCCGGUGCUGCCGCCCUCAGAAUCAGAUAUGGCCCAGAAUUUGAAGGACUUAGCGGGACGCUUGCCCGCCGGGCCCCGGGGCAUGGGCACGGCGCUGAAGCUGCUGCUGGGGGCUGGCGCCGUGGCCUACGGCGUCCGAGAAUCCGUGUUCACUGUGGAAGGCGGGCACAGAGCCAUCUUCUUUAAUCGGAUCGGUGGCGUACAGCAGGACACCAUCCUGGCCGAGGGCCUUCAUUUCAGGAUUCCCUGGUUCCAGUACCCCAUUAUAUAUGACAUUCGGGCCAGACCCCGAAAAAUCUCCUCCCCUACAGGCUCCAAAGACCUGCAGAUGGUGAACAUCUCCCUGCGUGUGCUGUCUCGACCCAAUGCCCAAGAGCUCCCCAGCAUGUAUCAGCGCCUCGGGCUAGACUACGAGGAGCGAGUAUUACCAUCCAUUGUCAACGAGGUGCUCAAGAGUGUGGUGGCCAAGUUCAAUGCAUCACAGCUGAUCACCCAGCGGGCUCAGGUAUCCCUGUUGAUCCGCAGGGAGCUGACAGAAAGGGCCAAGGAUUUCAGCCUUAUCCUGGAUGAUGUAGCCAUCACGGAGCUGAGCUUUAGCCGGGAGUACACAGCUGCCGUAGAAGCCAAACAAGUGGCUCAGCAGGAAGCCCAGCGGGCCCAGUUCUUGGUGGAAAAGGCAAAACAGGAACAACGGCAGAAGAUUGUGCAGGCUGAGGGUGAAGCAGAGGCUGCCAAGAUGCUUGGAGAAGCACUGAGCAAGAAUCCUGGCUACAUCAAGCUUCGUAAGAUACGGGCUGCCCAGAACAUCUCCAAGACGAUCGCCACAUCACAAAAUCGUAUCUAUCUCACGGCUGAUAACCUUGUGUUGAACCUACAGGAUGAAAGUUUUACCCGGUAAGAAUAGGGCUGCACAGUGUGAUGUCACAGAGAACAUGGGGCUUGAGUCUGGGGUUCCUUGGGCUCUGGAGCCUAUUACAGCUACUUGUGACUCUUGAUACUUUUUCAAAAUUAGAAAAGGGGGUGGCUGGCCAGGUACAGUGGUACAUGCCUGUGACUCAGCUACUCAAGAGACUGACUCAGGAUUGCAGGUUCUAGGAUAGCAAGAUGCUCUCUCAAGAUUUAAAAAAUACAUCCAAAGAGCUAGGGAUAUGGCUCAAUAGAGAGCCCCGGGGUUAUCUGGGGUUGUAGCUCAGUGGUAGAGUGCUUGCCUAGCAUGUGCAAGGCACUGAGUUUGAUUCUCAGCACCAUAUAUAAAUAAAUAAAUUAAAUAAAGUUCUGUUGAUAACUAAGAAAAUAUUAGAAAGAAAUAAACUGGUGGAGAGCCCCUGGGUUUAAUAUCCAGUACCACGAAAAAAGUGGGGGAGUUGGUAGUUCCUUUCUUACCCAUAGAAUUGGUCAACAGCUGCUCUGGUACAUGGAAACGUGUAAGGAAAGGAAAGAGCAGAGAAUAGUCUUCCAUGAGCCUGAGAUCCUAACCUCUACCCAAUUUGUGGUCUGCUUUUGGGAGCAAAGGGUUUGGAGCUGACUGGGGUCUGAAGUCAUUAAAUCACCUGCAUUUCUCUUUUUCUCUGUUGUCUUGUUUACCUCAUGGUCUGGUGUCCACAGAGGAAGGUAAGUUGUUGCUGUGUCCUUAUUUUGGGGGGGGGGGUCCUGCAGUUCAUCUUCUCCCAGUACCUGCCCUACUACCACUAACUAGCUCUACUACCUCCCCUAAGUCACCACCCUCCCCCCCAGACCCUCAAUCAGGAGAGGUGGGAAUGACCUGGAAUAUUCUGCAUCUCGCAUUUAUAUCUCCAGUAAUGUCAUCCAUCUGUCCCAUUUUUCCAGUGACAGCCUCAUCAAGGGUAAGAAAUGAGCCUGAUGAGAAGAACUCUACCCCAGGGAGGAAGCAGAUGUAUUUCUCCUCCAGUUUUUGAGGAACCAGCUAGGGGUCCAGCAUACCCCAACCCCAAUAUCAUGUGAUGGUCCCCUCUGCACCCAUCCUCUUGAGGCCCUCUUGGAUUAAGGAAGACUGAAGACCAGCCCUUCUUAGGGGAAUGACUUUCUUUCUCCCUGUGUUGGCCAGGGGGUUUGGGACACUGUGUGAUUUCUCAGUGAUUUCCUACAGUGUUGUUCCCUCCCUCAGCUGGGAGGAGAUAACCACCAUACCAGGAAUUCUCAAUAAAUUUUUAUUACUUAAGCCAAA